CCCCUGUCCAACUAUUGAUAUUUACUUUGAACGAGUUUAACUGCAACUGCAACUGCGACUACAACGCCGAACUACACUAUAGCAAAUGCCUAUCUACUAGGUACCUAUCUACCUAUUCUCUCUCACCUCACCGCAUAAGAACUAUUGGAUCAUCAUGGCACCGUCAGCAACACAAUUCGAGCUCGCGCAACCCCCAAACGACGCCAUCUCCGCCGUCGCCUUCGCGCCCGACUCGCCCUCGCGCCUCCUCGUAUCCUCCUGGGACAAGAACGUCUACCUCUACGACACCCUAGCCACGAGCGGCAGCAGCGAAGAGGAGAACCCCAGCCAUGGCGCCCUCCUGCGCACCUUCGAGCACCGCGCCCCCGUCAUGGACGUCUGCUUCGGCGCCCACGGCCGCGAGGCCUUCAGCGCCGCCGUCGACUGGCAGGUGCGGCACAUCGACCUCGAGACCGGCGACCAGACCGUGCUGAGCAAGCACGAGGCUCCCGUGCGCAGAGUCGUGUAUAGCCGCGAACACUCCAUCCUCAUCUCCGCCUCCUGGGACAGCACCCUGCACAUCCACAACCCCUCGAACCCGUCCCUCGCGACCCUCACCAUCCCCCUCCCCGGCAAGCCACACGCCAUGGCCGCGAGCCCGUCCAAGGUAAUCGUCGCCAUGACCUCGCGCCUCGUGCACAUCUACGACCUCUCCUCCCUCGCGUCCGCCCUCACCGCGCAGACCAACGACCCGCCGCAACCCUGGCAGCAGCGCGAGUCCUCCCUAAAAUUCCUGACCCGCGCCGUCGCCGCCAUGCCCUCGGACGCCGGGUACGCCACCUCAUCCAUCGAGGGUCGCGUAGCCGUAGAAUGGUUCGACGCGUCGGCGGAGUCCCAAGCGCGCAAGUACGCCUUCAAGUGCCACCGGCAGGCGGGCGGCGACGGCACCGACGUCGUGUACCCCGUCAACGCGCUGGCCUUCCACCCCGUGCACGUGAGCACCUUCGCCAGCGCCGGCGGCGACGCCACCGUCGCCCUCUGGGACGCCGACGCCAAGCGCCGCAUGAAGGUCUACCAGAAGUUCGCCGACUCCGUCGCCGCCCUCGCCUUCAGCCCCGACGGCCGCUACCUCGCCGUCGCCGUCUGCCCCGGCUUCGAGACCGGCAUGGAGGACUACAGUGGCGAAGGGCGCACCAGGAUCUUCGUCAGGGCCCUCGGCGAGAACGAGGCUAUGCCUAAGGGCAAGGGGAAGUGAGCAUCGCAUACGGUAGGUAUUCAAGACAUGGAAGAUGAUGAAAAGGCCAAAUUCAAAAAUGCAACGAAAGUCAGACAGGACAGAGAGACGAUAAAAAGCAAGCUGCGGGGUUUUGUGUCGCUAAAUUGUUUGUGUAUCGUCUAUCAACUUGAGAUUCUCUAGGAACAGGCUCAACCAGAGCCCGGAGCUGGCUGGCGUUUGUUAAGAUAUUAGGAAGGAAAUAUGUGAAUUCUACAAAUGAGUGAUACACUCCCGCCAGCUUCUCUCUAAAUUUUAUGAAAUAACAUGAUUGACUGUUGAUAUGUCAAGUUUUCAUCUCUCUAGAAAGGGGCAAUGAAAUACAAUGAAGUUUCGCCG